AUGGACGAUGAAGAAUCCGUCAAAAUACAGAGAAUCGGACAAGAUUUAACAGUGGAAGAUUCAGCCGAAGUGGUCGAGUUCCACUUGUCGAGAAUCAAAUACAUCGAAAACUUAAGUCACCUAAAAAACCUAAAGAAACUGUGUUUGGUAUCAAAUAUCAUACACAAAAUAGAGAAUCUUGAACAAAACACAGAACUUGAACACCUAGAUCUCUACCAAAAUCGAAUAAAACAUAUAGAAAACCUAGAAAACUUAACAAACUUGAAGGUUCUUGAUCUGUCAUUUAACGAAAUCGACAAAAUCGAAAAUCUUGAAACUCUGGAUAAACUAGAGCAACUGUACCUUAGUAAUAAUAAAAUUUCCGAGGCUUGUAACUUAGCCCAUUUUAAGAAUUUGACUUUGUUAGAGCUAGGCUCUAAUAAGGUAAGAGACUAUGGAGACGUUGAACACCUGAGAACACUAAACGCUUUAUGGCUAGGAAAGAACAAGCUGACUACAAUGUCGAUUCCUGAGCUCCCAAACCUGGAAAAGUGUAGCAUACAGAACAACAGAGUGAGGGAGUGGGACGAAUGUAUAUUAAAAAACUUGCCGAAUUUGCGGGAGUUCUACCUGAGCUACAACAAACUUACAGAAAUACCAUCAUUCAUAUCUUUAAUGUCUAAUCUUGUCAUAUUGGACCUUGGAAAUAACAGAAUCUCUAAGAUACACCCACUAGCUGAGAAUCAUACACUUGAAGAGUUGUGGUUGAAUGACAAUGAGAUUGAUGAUUUGAGUGAGGUUAAGGUUCUAACAUCACUUAAAGCUCUCAAAGUACUAUAUUUGGAAAGGAAUCCACUCCAGUUCAAGCUCGGACCCAGUUAUCGCAACAGAGUACUGGACAUACUCCCAAGUAUUUUCCACACAUUACUCAUUUUAUCACAGAUCUAA